GGACACCCAGCACCUCCUUCUGGACACCCAGCAUCACCUCCUGGACACCCAGCACCUCCUUCUGGACACCCAGCAUCACCUCCUGGGCACCCAGCAUCUCCUUCUGGUCGCCCUGCUUCUCCUCCUGGAUCAGAGGGGUGA